CGUCAUGUCAGGUACUGGCGGCUGGGUAAGAUGAUCUACGGCAAUCCUUGAGUAUAAGAACGGAGGACUGCUCUGUCACACUGAUCCUCCAGCACGCACCACUCGCAAGCACCGUCAACAGUCUUACAAUUUUGCCCUUACAUUCUUUUUACCUCAUUGCUAUUCUACUGCCACCGGCUGGCCCUUUUACGACCCAAGAGCUAGUCUCACAUUCAUUAGUACUAUUCGAUAUACCUUAGACACUCACUACAACAACGAACGAUUAUGUACGGCAUUAUGAUCUCCAAGGCAGUCUUGAUCGCGGCCCUCAUCGCCUAUGUCGAGGCUCGCUUCGGACAAGAGCAGGUUCCUAUCCCAGCCAUUACUGCUGUCAAGGGUGGUGCUUCUGGAGCUGCCGCAACUAUCGGCGGCGCUGCCAUUAGCGAUCUUCUCGGCGCAGCCAACUCUUGCGCAAAGCUCCAGCGCGCCGACCAGAUCGUCGCUCAACUUGGUGGUGGCGCGGACGCAAUUGCUGCAGCUAUUGGCAUGGUCACAGCCGAAAAGAACACGAACCCCUUCGCCAACAACAACACGCAGAAUGUCUGCGGCGACCCGACUCUUCCCGCUACCGCAGAGCUUCGCGGCAUCACUCCUCUCAUCGACCCUGCUGUCGAUGUCACCGGUGGUGUUGCAGCGCUUAGUAGCAGCUCAUCCAAGGCUCCGCUCAACGCGGCCGGCAUGAGUGUCUUCGACCUCAUCAAAGCGGCUGGAUUUGGCGACCUUGUAGUCUCCCAGGUAGCAGGCGCUAAUGCUGCUGCUGCUGCUGCUGCCAACAAUGCUGGAGGCAACAACCAGCAAGCCGCCGCAGGAAAUGGAAAUCAGCAGGCCGCUACAGGAAUGGGCAACCAGCAGGCUGCAGGAAAUGGAAAUCAGCAAGCCGCCGCAGGCAAUGGAAACCAGCAGGCCGCCGCAGGAAAUGGAAAUCAGCAGGCUGCCGCAGGAAAGGGCAACCAGCAAGCCGCCGCAGGCAAUGGCAACAACCAGCAGGCUGCCAACAAUCAGCAAGCUGGGGGUGCGAAUCAGAAUGCCAAUGCCGGAAACGGUGCCGCCUGUAAUUCUGGAAUUGCCAAUAACGGCACACAGAGCGGGAAUCAGAAUGCAGGCAACGCCAACCAGAACCAGAACGCUGGCAACGCCAACCUGGGCGCCGCGAACAACGGCGCAGGAGCAGCAGCGGGUGGAGCAGCAGCAGGCGGUGCAGAUUUUGGCAAGUGCACACCAACCAUGAUUUUCGAAGCCGGGCAGAACGGACGCGCCGCCACCGAAUUCACAUUCCAGAUCGCCGACCCGGUCGCUCGCGGUGGCCAGCAGGAUGCUCUGAACCCAAACAUUAUCACUAAUGCCCUUUGCAAUCAGCUCACAAACGUCUGCGGAGCCAACGCUGCCGCCAUAGCUACAUGUCUGGAUGCGAAGGCUAAGGUUCAGGCUGCCGGUACCAGGGACAAGAGUACUGCUGAUCUGUUCAACACGGCUAUUGGCUUCGCCGGCGCUGUCACCAACCCUGAUGGCGGCCCGGCUGAUAGGCCUGCUGCUACUGCUACCGCUGCGGGCAACGCGAACAGGAAGAUGAAGCGCGGUCUGAGGUUGUAGAUGGUUGGAGAGAUUGGUCCAGGCAGGGUAUCAGAGCGCAGCUCCCCUUUGACCCUGGAUCAUGAAGUCGAGUGAUGGCUAGGCAGGGUCCGAGCAUAGCCCCCCUUCGACCCUAGAGCACUCCGUUAAAUGGUUUGGAUGGGACGUCGACCAGGCAGGGUUAAGAGCAAAGCUCCCCUCCGACCCUGUGUCAAUGCUUGCAUGGGCAUGAAUACCUAAGAUUUUUCUUUCCUUUCUGUUCAUUUCUUGUUUGGUUGUAAGAUAUGGAAGUUAACGAAUACACGAAUGUACCGCCAAUCAAAACCUCGUUUCUUCAUCUAUCCUUCUGGGUGCCUCCUCGGUCGUGAUUUUCUCGCCCUGAUGUGCAAUAGAUCUUAAAGCUGCCUUCUCGGUCUUUUACCUACCACCUCUUUCC